CGAGGACGGUCCUGUGCUCCCGUGGAUCGCUACUAUACGUGUUCGCACGCGAUUUUUUAUUAUAUAACCCAACUGUGGAGUUUUUACUGUGCGACCGCCGGGAGAAAUACUGACGAUAAAGAGCAUCCACGAGAAUGAGCAAUGUCAGCAGCAUAGAGCGGCGAGCUCGUGCGUGAUGUGAGCAGUAUGCGACGGUGGCUGAUGAUGACGCUGGUGGCGGCGGUGGCGCUGGUGCGCGGGUGGGACUGCGUGUGCAACCCGCGGGAGUGCGAGGCGCUCGAGCCCAGCGGGUGCCCGGGCCUAGGCAUCGUGGUGUGGGACCCCUGCAGAUGCUGUAAAGUGUGUGCGCGAACAUUGGGCGAGGACUGUGGCGGGUUCAGGGGAACGUGUGAGCCGGGCCUUAAGUGUUACGAGGGCUCGUGCUCGCCCAUCACGUGAAUACGAGUGUGUGACAGAACGUUAGGAACAAAACAUAUCGUAGACAACGGACCGGACCAGCUAUGGAGGUACAAGCGACGCUUUUCUUUCUGAAUAUCGUAACUGAUCUUACUUAGUUGAAAUAUAUUAUAUUUUGUUAAAAAAAAUAUGACGA